AUGACUGCAUCGAGCACGUUCGUGCAGGAUGAUCGUGAUGGUCUUCUCUCGCCGGAAGGCGAUGGAAGCUCCGUGAGACGCGCAAAUGCUCUGUCGGCGAGGAUCUCGACCGUCCUCUCAACAUCAUACGCAGAUACCGAAAUUCGGCAGGCGCUCCGGCUAUUCGAAUUACGCCAGACUCAAGGCGGCAGCAAUGCCAGCUAUGGCUCUAGCGACCUCAAGGCUCUGGCAGAGAAGGAAGUCGUUGACUCCAAUGCCCAGGUUGUGGAUGACUUUGGACAUGUUGCGGCGCAACUCCGGAGGGUUGGCUCGCUUCUGGCCAAGCUGAACGAUACAUGUGACUCCAUGAGAUUGCAUAUUCUGGCUGCUAAGCAGGAAUCAAAUCCUGUUCUUGAAGAGGCAUCAACGCUUCUCCAUCGACGGCAGGAGAGCUCAAGCAGAGAGCAGCUUCUACAAGCCUUCCAGAAGCAUUUCAUUCUUUCUAAUGAGGAUGUCAAUCUGCUCACAAGUUCCGCUCAGCCGCUGACAGAAGACUUCUACACGAUUCUCACACGAGUCAAGCGUAUUCACAAAGACUGCGAGAUACUGCUAGGCCAGGAGAACCAGAGGCUGGGACUGGAGCUUAUGGAGCAGACGACACGCCAUCUGGAUGCCGCUUACAAGAAGCUGUACACAUGGUUGCAGCGCGAGUUCAAGGGCAUCGACUUGGAAGACCCUCAUAUAAGUGGAAAUAUUAGAAGAGCCCUCAGAACUCUUGCAGAACGCCCAACGUUGUUCCAGAACUGCCUGGAUUUCUUUGCGCAGGCGCGCGAGGUCACACUAUCAGAGUCGUUCCAGGCGGCCCUGACCGGAAGUGGCGGUAGGCAAGCGAUCGAAUUCUCUACGCAUGAUCCGCUUCGGUAUGUAGGGGACAUGCUGGCUUGGGUACAUUCUGCUGCUGUUUCGGAGAAGGAGGCUUUGGAAGGUCUUUUCGUGUCGGACGAUGACGACGUUUACAACAGACUUCGGGACGGCAGAGCCAGUGAGCCAUGGGCUCGUAUGCCUGCACAAGGCAGACCCAACAUUCUUCCGCAAGAUGAGAACGCUAUCGAUGACGAACAGUUCGAUGGGCGCAAAGCUCUGGCAAAUCUGAUAGGCCGAAAUAUGGCGUCGGUGUGCCAGACGCUACGCCAGCGAAUAGAUCUCGCCAUACGCAACAGUGGCAAUCCCGUCUUGACCUACAAAGUCUACAAUCUCCUACUCUUUUACGACAAUAUGUUCUCGAAGCUACUCCAGUCCGAGACGAGCCUUAAUAGUACGCUUCAAGAGCUGCAAAGGUCUACGAUGGAAAUGUUCGAGACGACGGUAGAGCAGGAGAUUUCCUCGAGCGUGGCGAGCGUGGCGGCUGAGGCUGAUCUCAGCGCCCCACCAGUCCUUCAAACUGUGCUCAAGCAAUUCACAGACAUAUGUCGGUCGCGUGGUCCACAAAUGGAUGAGAGAGAGCUGGAGCACCUCUUCUCGACUAUGCUUGCUCGACUGCUCGAUGGGUGCGCCGAGGCUGCCGUUCGGCUCCAAGACCUGCAAGCGCGAAACGUCUUCAAGGCAAACUACCUAUUCACGCUGCGGUCGUCGCUGAACAGCGCUCUGUCCCAUGUACCGUAUGUUAGCAUUCCGCUUGGUAAAGUCACGCAGGAGCUUUCGACGACACAAGAAACGCUCACUUCUUCACUGACGACAACACUGCUGGAUGAGUCUGGAGUCAACGCUCUGCUGCAGGAAGCCGACACGAGACCAGACCCGACAGAUCGGUGGACCUGGUUUCGCGAGAGUCUGCCAGAGGCAGGUCUCGUGCUGAACGACUUCCUGGCUUCUGGUUUCAUGGAUGCGCAAGAUGCUUUUGCCAAGCUGAGCGAUAAAUCCCUGGCCAAAGACAUCGUCACUGAGGCUAUGGAGAGGUUCUGUGGCGAAUUUGACGAGCUUGAGGGAAUGAUCGCUGCUGCCGACCAGAGUGAAGGCACAAAUGGUCCUGUCAAUGAAGGGUCUGACAACGACGAAGCAUCAGGGCAGGUACCACUUCGAGACCUGUAUCCUCGAACGGGCAGCGAGGUCAGAGCGCUACUCAGCUAG